AAGUUACAAGAAGAGGAAUGAUGACCACAAGUCCACAAGUACAAGAAGCAAGCAACUCCCCACCAAAAAAACUAAAGAAAAACAAUCUUUAGAAGGCACUUGUCAUCAAUGCAAGGGAUGGCAGCUACAACUACGAUUGCCUAUUCCUCUUUCUCUUCAACCAUCUCUCGCUUCUUUAUCAGAAAUCAAACCACCAAGAACACUAUCACUAGUAAUAGCAAUACCAGUUGUAGCAACAAUAUCAUUCCCUUCAAAACUCGGGUUAAUCGAACACCAAAGAUAAUAAGUGAAUCCCAAUCAUCAUUCUUCUCAACUAAGCAAGAUUCAACCGCCUGUAAAUCCGCAAUUGCCUCAACAUUGGAUUCACUCUUUGUGGUAUGCACUUCAAUGGCUUUGUCGCUCUCACUGAUUGUCGCCGAUGUUGACCCGGCAUUGGCGUUUGUGGUCAGCACGCCACGGAAAUUGCAAACCGAUGAGCUCGCUACUGUUCGUCUUUUCCAAGAGAAUACACCUUCUGUUGUUUAUAUCACCAAUCUGGCUACUAAACAGGAUGCGUUUACGUUGGAUGUGUUAGAGGUUCCUCAGGGAUCUGGAUCAGGCUUUAUUUGGGAUACAGAAGGUCACAUAGUCACCAAUUAUCAUGUGAUUCGUGGUGCUUCUGAUCUCAGGGUCACUCUUGCUGACCAAUCUACUUACGAGGCCAAAGUUGUUGGGUAUGACCAAGACAAAGAUGUUGCUGUUUUGCGCAUUGAUGUACCUAAAGAUAAAUUGAGACCAGUACCAAUUGGUGUCUCUGCAGACUUGCUUGUUGGUCAGAAAGUCUUUGCUAUUGGGAACCCAUUUGGACUUGACCAUACGCUGACAACAGGUGUUAUAAGUGGGCUCAGAAGGGAAAUCAGCUCUGCUGCAACAGGGCGUCCAAUUCAGGAUGUUAUACAGACUGACGCUGCUAUAAAUCCUGGUAACAGUGGAGGUCCACUUCUUGAUAGUUCUGGCAAUCUCAUCGGGAUAAAUACUGCUAUAUACUCUCCUUCUGGUGCAUCUUCUGGUGUUGGUUUUUCAAUCCCUGUUGAUACUGUUGGUGGCAUCGUAGAUCAGCUUGUGAAAUAUGGGAAAGUUACAAGACCGAUCCUGGGGAUUAAAUUUGCCCCAGAUCAAUCAGUGGAGCAACUAGGAGUUAGUGGAGUGCUUGUGCUAGAUGCUCCACCAGAAGGUCCUGCUGGCAAAGCGGGCCUUCUAUCUACAAAACGUGAUGCCUAUGGACGACUUAUACUAGGGGAUAUAAUAACAUCAGUGAAUGGCAAGAAAGUUACUAAUGGUAGCGAUUUGUACAGAAUUCUUGACACCUGCAAAGUAGGGGAUAAGGUGACUGUGGAGGUUUUACGAGGUGAUCACCAAGAGAAAAUACCUGUUAUCCUCGAACCUAAACCCGAUGAGUCAUAGUUAAUCUUAGGAUUCCUUGUAUAAUGUAUGCUAUGUAAAUUUGGGAAAUGGCUAUUUGGUGGUAAUAACCAUGUAUAAUGUAUGUCAUAUAAAUUGGGAACUGGCCAUUGGUGGUAAUUGACUCUGAAUGAUGCUCAUUUGUAUAGAAUUAUUGUAUAAAUUCCUACUACUGAAGUUAGUAUAGGGUCUUGCAAUACAGGGCGGCAAUCAAGUUUGUGUUUGGGUCAAUC